AUGUUGAACAUAGCAUUUGAACUGAUCGGAGACGCCACUUCGAAUUCGCUUCUCAUGUUCUGUUUCUGCAACCUCAUUAUUGUCAUCAUCUUCACCGGAUCAUCAAAACCUGGUUCCAUGGAUUCACAAGAAGAUUCCUCGUUUGAUAACCCUGUGAGCUACGAUACUUGCUACAAUGUUUCCGAUGAUCAUGAUGAUGAAGUGAUGACUAUAUCUGCUGUUGUUCCAUCUGCACAAGAUGAGCUGUUGAUUGAUGACUUUAGUUCUGACGAAGAAGAGGAGGAGGACAGAGAAAGCAUCCAUUGCUAUGCUGCUGAAUCUGAUAAUGAGGAUGAGGAUGAUGAGGAUGAUGAGAACAAAGAGGCCGAGGUUGAAGAGGAGGAAGGAGACGAUGAUCUGAGAACGAGAGUAGAAGAGUUUAUAGCAAAAAUUAAUAAUGAGUGGAGGCACGAGAAGCUUAGGGCUUUGAAUUUAGUGUAUUAA